CCAAAGUUGUUGCUUGUUGUCACUUUCGACAUGACAGCAGCUUAUUUAUGCACCUCACCGUGGCAUCGGAUCGGAUUAGAGAGCCUGGUAUCUCAUUGCCAACCUUCACAUUGACACGUACAGAAACUCUGAUGCUUUUCUCCUUCAAAAUCCACUUUGAAGAGGUUAUAACCUAAUACCGACUGCCCCGUUUUUACCCCAGAUUUGCCGGCUCAGGUACGGUACGGUACCUUAUCCAUACGAACCGCCGUACCAUCACCAUGGAGCGAGCUAAGGAGGCUUACGUCGACCACCAAAUCGAGAUGGAUCGCGAGAAAGAGGCAGGUGAAAGCCGAGAGGGGCUACUACAAUCCUACAAUCGAGAUGAGAGCGAACCAUCACAAAAAUCGAACGAGGGUGCCUACGAAUCCGACAGCGGCUCUGAUCUCGAUGCUACCGAAUACCUUGACCGAGAGCUGGAUGAUGACCAUUCACACCCAGCGACCAAUGCAUACAGUACAACUGAUUCCCUCCGGUCCCUUCGAAGGACUUUGGCUCGCCGAUCGAAAUGUCUCAUCAUUGUUCUCUCGGUCUUGAUUAUCUUCUGGUCGAUACUUGCUGCUGGAGGGUUCUUUUUAUAUAAGCAGCAGCCUGCAGAUGGCCAAUCCCCUCCAUGGUAUCCAACUCCCCCGGGAGGAACUGUCAAGCAAUGGAGUGAGAGUUAUAAGAAGGCCGCGGAAAUGGUGAAGAAGAUGACCUUGGCCGAGAAGGUGAAUAUUACAACAGGAACUGGAUGGCAGAUGGGAUUGGCUGUGGGCAAUACUGGACCUGCAAAUAAUGUUGGAUUCCCUGGGCUGGCAUUACAGGAUGGACCUCUCGGAUUGAGAUUUGCGGAUGAUGCUACGGCAUUUCCAGCUGGAAUUACGGUUGGAGCAACUUGGAAUAAGGAAUUGAUGUACUUGAGGGGAAAGGCACAUGGACAGGAAGCACGUCUCAAGGGAAUCAAUGUCUUGCUUGGACCAUGCGUGGGACCAUUAGGACGAAUGCCCGCCGGAGGUCGGAAUUGGGAAGGGUUUGGAACCGACCCCUACCUGCAGGGAAUUGCUGCUGCCCAAACGAUUAAAGGAAUUCAGGAAGAGGGUGUGAUUGCCACCAUUAAGCACUUCAUUGGAAACGAGCAAGAGCAUUUCAGACAAAGCUGGGAAUGGGGUCUUCCAAACGCCAUGUCCUCAAACAUCGAUGAUAGAACUCUUCAUGAGAUGUACGGAUGGCCAUUUCAAGAUGCGGUUAAAGCUGGAGUUGCCAGUGUUAUGUGCAGCUAUCAGAUGACUAACAACUCCUAUUCAUGUGGAAACUCGAAGCUACUAAAUGGUAUUCUGAAGGACGAAUUGGGAUUCCAGGGUUUUGUUCAAUCGGAUUGGCUGGCUCAAAGAUCUGGAGUUGGAAGUGCUUUGGCCGGGUUGGAUAUGUCUAUGCCAGGAGAUGGGUUGAGAUGGCAGGAUGGAAAGUCGCUUUGGGGACCUGAAUUAAGCAGAUCAGUUCUCAACGCUUCUUUGCCUUUGACGAGACUCAACGACAUGGUUACCAGAAUUGUUGCGGCAUGGUACCAGCUUGGGCAGGACGACGAGACUAAAUUCGAUCGCAAAGGGCCCAACUUCUCAUCAUGGACCAGUGACCCAAUGGGACUGAUCAAUCCAGGAAGCCCGGAUGAUAAAGAUAUGAAAGUGGUAAAUAAAUACGUCAAUGUUCGAGGGGAGGGUGACAAGGCACAUUCUAUCAUUGCUCGCGACGUUGCUACGGAGGGCACAGUACUGGUCAAGAACGAAGGCAAAAUUCUACCUAUCAGCAAGGAUGGAUGGCCCUCAAGCGAGAACCGCAAGAUUAACAUGCGCAUUGGUAUCUUUGGCGAAGACUCUGGAGAAGGCAAUGGACCAAAUUCUUGUCCCGACAGAGGUUGCAAUCAAGGUACACUCGGUUCAGGUUGGGGCUCUGGCUCUGUAGAAUUUCCAUACCUCGUUACGCCAGCAGCUGCCCUGAAAGCUGCCUUCAACAAGGACUUAGUCCACGUAACGGAUUUCCCCUCAAACUCUCCUCCCCUAAAGAAAACUCCUGUGAUUUUGAAGGAGCAGGAUAUCUGUAUUGUUUUUGUCAACUCUGAUUCUGGAGAAGGUUACAUUCAUGACGCUGGCGUCAACGGUGGUAUGUUUUUCUUCUUUUCUUGGCAUGUAGUGGAGGGAGAAUGGAUGUGUGCUGACUUCUUUGACAGAUAGAAAUGACUUGAAUCUGCAAAAAAAUGGUGAUAUUCUAAUCAAGGACGUUGCUGCUGGGUGUGGCGAUGGCAAAGGAAGUACCGUUGUCGUAGUUCAUUCAGUGGGACCGGUUGUUGUAGACAAAUGGGUGAACCUACCAGGUAUCAAAGCAGUAUUGAUGGCCAAUCUACCAGGACAAGAAAGCGGUAAUGCCAUUGCCGAUAUAAUCGUGGGAAAAGUUAACCCAAGUGGAAAACUUCCUUACACAAUUGGCAAAUCACUCGAGGACUAUGGACCUGGAGCCAGGAUUCUGUAUUUUCCCAAUGGUGUGAUCCCGCAACAGGAUUUCAAAGAGGGUUUAUACAUCGAUUAUCGACAUUUUGACAAGUUUGGCGUUGAGCCUACAUACGAGUUCGGAUAUGGUAUGUCAUAUACCAUCUUUGAGUUCUCCAAUCUCGUAGUCACGCCAGUAUUGGAAAAGUCACCACUUCCCUCGCCUCGACCAAGUGGCAUUCCACCGCCCAACUAUGAUCAAGAAUUUCCCGAUGUUAGUGAAGUACUGUGGCCAGCAAACUUUCGCAUUCUGCAGAAGUUUAUCUACCCCUAUCUCGACAAAGAAGAAGUGAUCGAGGAAGGGAUAGGAAGCUAUCCAUACCCCGAUGGUUACGAUAUUGAACAAACUCCAUCUCAAGCUGGCGGCGACGAAGGCGGUAAUCCAGGUAAUUUCUUCCAUCCCUUCAACGUACUCUCCACUAAUAAACUACUAGAUUUAUGGAAUAUAUACGCCUCCGUCUCUGUUAAACUCACCAAUACUGGCUCUAUAGUUGGGAAAGAAGUCGCUCAACUCUACCUCUCCUUCUCCGACGUAGGAGGCGAAGCGGCCAAAGUUGACUUUCCAGUCCGCGUUCUUCGGGGAUUCGAAAAGAUCCACCUUGAACCGAACGAGACGCAGACCGUGAACUUCAAUCUCACACGCAGAGAUUUGAGUUAUUGGGAUGUGGUGAGGCAGAAUUGGGUCAUGCCGACGGAGGGGAAAAUCACGAUUCGAGUCGGUGCUAGUUCGAGGGAUCUUAAGUUAACAGGUUGGUAUUAGGGUAUUGAUUUCGGGAUGGAGUUUGGUGUUCAGAUUUGGCUUUGGGUUAGCGCGGUUAAGACUUAUUAGAUGAUAAGAUCUCAGAGGGGUGGGUGGGAUGGAAUGGGAUACAUCAUACAGGACGUGAUACAUACGAUCUCUUGUUUUAAGGCAGAAGGCGUUAUACAUUUUUUUAUAUGAAAG